AAAAAACUCAUCUUUCUCUGUACCCACAAAAAUGUGUAUAUAUAUAUAUACAUAUGUAUAAUCAAUAUUUAAAAACAUAAGCCAUGUUUCAUGAAUCCUUCUGGUUGCAUCAUGAAGCGUGAAUGACAUAAAAAAAGGUGUUUUUAAUUUUCAAACCCUUCUCCUUAUUCCGGCAAAAAAUCGAUCUUUCUGAAAUUCUGAAACAGAGGAAUUUAUUCCAAGCUGCGGAAUAUGAAAUGAGUUCCUUUUCAGAGUGUUUUUACGUUUUUGUUUUUUCAAUUUUUUUUAUCGAAAAAGUUGAUUUUUUUUUCCGAUAAGAAAAAAAAAGUUGAGGGGUCUGUGGGAUUGAGAGUUGGGUUUUAAUAAAGGCGAAGGAGCGUCGAAGAAAACAAUAGAGAAGUAACAGAGAGAGAGAGAGAGAGAGAGAGAGAGAGAGAGAGAGAGAGAGAGGGAGAGGAGGUUAGGUAAAGAAGAAAUAUGCAAGAGAAGAGGAAGAAGAAUGGUAAUACCGAUGAAUCCAAGAAGAAGGAGCGUCAUAUUGUUACUUGGACACAAGAGGAGGAUAGUGUUCUCAGGGAGCAAAUCAGUUUACAUGGAACCGAAAACUGGGCGAUCAUAGCCGCAAAGUUCAAGGAUAAAAGCACAAGGCAGUGCAGAAGAAGAUGGUAUACAUAUUUGAACUCUGACGUUAAGAUAGGAGGUUGGUCCCCUGAGGAAGACAUGCUUUUGUGUGAGGCACAGAGAGUGUUCGGGAACAGAUGGACUGAGAUAGCAAAGGUGGUCUCAGGCAGAACUGAUAAUGCUGUGAAGAAUCGGUUCACCACACUGUGUAAGAAGAGGGCAAAGUAUGAAGCCAUGGCCAAAGAGAACAACAAGAAUGCUUGUCUCAACUCAAACAACAAAAGGAUGCUGUUCCCAGAUGGUAAUGGUGUCGUUAUUACACAACAAGGGAAACCCGAAGCCGAAUCCCCUCUUGCUAAGAAAAUGAGGAGAAGCCACAUUCUUGAUCUGACAACUGUCGGAAACUAUGGGGAUAGAUCACAUGGAAAGGUCGAGUCGGGGGUGAACCAGCAGAUAAGGCCUCCGUUUUCGCUAUUAACCCGGGACGUGAAGGAGAUUGAUGGUCAGGAGGAUAAAGGACCUGAACGGGUGUUUCUUAAAAAGGAUGAUCCAAUGGUGACGGCUUUGAUGCAACAAGCCGAGCUUCUCAGUUCAUUGGCCCAGAAGGUUAACGCAGACAACACAGAUCAAAGCAUGGAGAAUGCAUGGAAGGUCCUCCAAGAUUUCUUGAACAAAAGCAAGGAAAAUGACAUAUUCAGAUAUGGAAUCCCAGACAUUGAUUUUCAACUUGAGGAGUUUAAGGAUCUGGUAGAGGACCUAAGGAGUAGUAAUGAAGAGAGUCAGCCGUCAUGGAGGCAAUCUGGUCUCAUUGAUUCCCCAGCCAGCUCUGAGUAUAGUACAGGAUCAACGAUCAUUCCGCAUCAGUCCAACGAUAGAACACAUAUACCCGAGAUUCAGACAACAUAUGAACAAGAUAAGGAGAUUGUGUCUAAUGCAAAUGUAGAUCAAGCAGACUUACUCUCAACUUGCGAGUUCCACGAAAAUGGUGAUGAAAUCAUGCCCAUCUCAGGCGAAGGAGAGUUUUGCUCGCCUCUUCAGGUCACUCCAUUGUUCAGAUCUCUAGCAGCAGGCAUCCCCAGCCCGCAAUUCUCUGAAAGUGAGAGGAACUUCCUGCUAAAAACACUCGGGAUUGAGUCCUCGUCUCCAUGUCCGAGUGCUAAUCCUUCACAACCACCUCCUUGCAAAAGGGUCCUCCUUCAUAGCUUAUAAAAAACCACCAGCCUUAUAUCUCACAUACACAAACCUGAGAUCAUGUUUUGUCCCCAUGCAGCCAUCUAGUUUCCCUGUCUUUCUUGUUUUCUUAGAUUCCUAGGUUUGCAGCCAUUUCGGCCUGGAAGUUUUUGUGAAGCGGGCAUACCAUGAUCUGCAUUCCUUCCUCAGGAUUUCAGUUUUCUUUUCUUGGUCUAGAAUGUCAGGAUACAUUCUAGCCCAGCUCAGAACACUGCCAGUGUUCUGAGUUCAUUUCAUAUACUCAGAUUCUUUUUUUCUUUCUUUUGGUCCACUCUCACUCAUUUGCCCCAUUAGGAGAGUAUUACCAUCCAACCUUAACAUACUUCAAGCCUUUCCAAGGCCCCCAGUGUGCAUCUUCAUUCAUGUGUGCGUGUCAAAGAUAUUCUUUUGUUUGUCUUUUCGGGUACCCGGAUACAUCAUCCGGCCAUCCCCGGAUUCUUGAUUUGUUUUCUUGAUCUGUGUACAUAAGACGGUUACAUAAAAUAGACAGGACAAGAGGAGAAAGAAAAAGAGAAAAGGAACAAGAUUUUCAGAUGGGUGGAGCAAGAAAGAGCCAUUUGUUUCCUGCUUUUUGAGGUGUGAGCAGAGGACAUAGAAAUUAAGCUCUUCGCUUAACCUCUUCCUUGUUUAUCCUCCCAUAUGUUGUAAAAAAAACCCCUUAUAUUGAGUGGAAAUAUGAUGAUUUGAUUUUGGUGUGAUA